AUGGCACUAAAAAUUCAGGGAAAAGACUUCAUCGGCCUCAGGGAUAUGGGUGCAGAUACCUCGAUCAUAGCGUUUAAACAUUGGCCAUCGUCAUGGCCUCUUCAGGAGGUCCACACCACCCUUCAGGGCCUGGGGUCCACAAAAAAUCCUCAACGCAGCUCGGCAGUUCUGUCCUGGACACAUGAAGAGGGCCACUCUGGACAGUUUCAACCUUAUGUUCUCCCAAAUAUCCCCAUGAACUUGUGGGGAAAGGAUGUCCUCAGUGCUAUGGGGGCGCUAUUGGUGGUGGGGUCUCAGGUUACCCAGAUGAUGAUUAAUAGUGGAUACACCCUAGGAAAAGGUUUGGGGAAGUCAGAACAGGGCCCUACCUCUUUUGACCUCCAUUCGAACGUUAGGGCGGACGGGGACCGUUGA